AGACCACAAGACCUGAUUUUCUUCUUUCUCCACUGCACCAACACAUUCUUUCAAGUUCACCUCAUUCCUUCUCUCACUCAUCCUGUUAUUUCUUCCCAAACCUCCAUAUCCAACCAUCCAUACCCAUUAAUUCUUCUUCUUCCCAUCGUUACCAGCCAAACAUGUCCACCCAAAUUCAAAAUGGUUCUUCUCACUCUCACGCCUCCUCAUCAUCUUCACAACACCCUCCUUCCAAUCAACAACCACUGAGCCGGUAUGAAUCACAAAAGAAACGAGACUGGAAUACCUUUGGACAGUACCUGAAGAAUCAGAGUCCUCCAGUUCCUCUCUCUCAGUGCAACUUCAACCAUGUGUUGGAUUUCCUUCGGUACCUUGAUCAAUUUGGGAAGACCAAGGUCCACUUGCACGGUUGCAUCUUCUUUGGGCAACCCACCCCUCCGGCGCCAUGUGCCUGCCCUCUCAGGCAGGCAUGGGGUAGCCUGGAUGCCCUCAUCGGGCGGCUUCGCGCCGCCUAUGAAGAGCAUGGUGGGUCGCCGGAGACUAAUCCCUUUGGAGGCGGAGCCAUUCGGGUGUACCUGCGUGAGGUGAAGGAGUGCCAGGCAAAGGCUAGAGGGAUCCCAUAUAAGAAGAAGAAAAAGAAGAGGAACCCAAUUAAGGGGACUCAAAGUGCAAAAGAUAUCGAGCACCAAGUUUCUUGAGAUGAGAGAUAUAUAGGAACGAGCCAUACGAACGAGUUGAUUGAAUGGAGCAGAUUUGGCACUUCGAAAAAGAUGUGGUAAAAAGUAUUAUCUCCUCUGCUGCUUGGACCAAAAAUUAUUACAAAAUAUCACAGUGAUCGAUAUUUCACUAAGUAUAGUUCAGAACAAUAAUCCUUUUAGUCCCAUUUACUCUCCGGAAAUCUUAAAUGUAUGUUAGAGAUGUACAACCUUGUAACUUCUUCUAACAUAAGACCUCUUCUCCAAAAUAGAAACAAUGAGAAUGGCUAGCUUUACAGUCUUGCA